CUUGGUUUGGAUUCAGUCUGCAAGCAGGAGAGGACGCCGCCGCAGAAAGACCCCCGCCCCCCUGCGUCCUCCACGGAGACUCCACGAAGCGUCGCUGAAGCGGUUUGCAAGAAGACAACCGGGGCUUUCCAUUUUUGGAUUUCUUUUGGGGCGAAGGGGGAAACGACAUUAAAGCGAGGAUUAGGAGAGCCCACAAGUAGCCCGGCGAUGGUUUAACGCUGCCACCGGUUCGCAUCUUUGCCGCUCGCACGACCUGCCUGCAAAAUCCAUCCUCCCAGGCAAACCAGCGGACGCGACCUGGAGGGCGAUGGAGGCUGUCGUCCGGCUGGCGUUGCUGCUGCUCGUCGGCUUCGUCAUCGCGGCGGCGGCAGCCCGGCCGGCAGCGGUGCGCGAAGGCGGCGGGGCGCACCUUCGCGGCCACCGGCUGGCUCACCUUCGCGGCGGCGGCAACGAGGAGCGGGUGCGCCUCCCCGCCGCGGUUGCCGACUUCCUGCACACGGGCGACUCGAGUGUCCUGGAGCAGGCCAAUUGCUCGCGCAGAUUCGAGCUGCCGCGGGGGGGAAGGUCACCCGAGAGCACACAUCGCUCAGCGCUGGAUGCGGUGCUGCACGCCGCCAACUUGCUCAGCUUGGUGCUGCAAGCCAACAGGUCCGGGGAGCAAAGCGCGCGGCGAGAUGUCGACUGGUACCAUGCAAUAGUCCGCAGCCUCCUCCUGGCGGAGCAGAAGAUCCACCGGGCUGUGAUCGCCUCCUCGGACGGGGUGCACGUGCAGGCCACCAGGACCAGAGGCGAGAUCGCGCUCCAGGACCUCUCUGGCCUGCACAACCACUCGGGGGAUGGCGAGUGGCACCGCGGCGUCAAGCACAGGAGGAAGGCCACCUUCCAGAAGAAGGUGCCAAGCCAGGAUUUGGCAGCCGUGGGCAACUCCUUGAGGAGGGGUCAAAGUUUGAUCCCGGACGAGAUGCACGUCAAGUGGUCGGCACCCUACCUGGAGUGCCACAACGGCAACUUUGUCCCUCGGUGGCUGUCGACCUUGUCUGCUGCCUUCUACAGCAUAGGGCCCAACAUGGCUCCGGAGUUCAGGGGCGUGGUGCGAGCCGACAUCAAUCUCCAGGAUGUUGAUAUCGACCAGUGCUCUACUGAUGGCUGGUUUGCUGGAACCCAUCGCUGCAACCUGACCACUAUGGAGUGUUUGCCCACGCGCGGACAUGGAUUCGUCUUGGACAAGUACAAGUGUCUCUGCAGGAAAGGCUUCUACCGAGCUGCCGCCGCCGGCUUUACAAGGAUGGGCGGCGGGAACGCGGCAGGUGGCGGGAACGUGGCGUCCUCCAGCGAAUGCCUGCCGUGCCGGCCGGGCUGCGCCUUCUGCAAGGACGACACGCCGUGCGCGGCGCGGCGGGACGGAGCGCUGCGCACGGCCGUCAUGGCCUUCCAGAGCCUCUGCAUCCUGGUGCUCUUGCUCAGCAUGCUGCUGGUCUACCGCUUUCGAAGGAACAAGAGUAUCCGAGCGUCAGGCGUGGUCCUGCUGGAGGUCAUCCUGUGUGGAGUGUUGCUUCUCUACUUCCCGGUGGGGAUCCUUUACUUUCAGCCCGGCGUGUUCCGCUGCAUCCUGUUGCGCUGGGUUCGACUGCUGGGCUUCGCCACCGUCUACGGCACGCUCACGCUCAAGUUGUACAGGGUCCUGAAGGUCUUCCUGUCGCGCACGGCUCAGAGGAUUCCCUACAUGACCAGCUGGCGGGUUCUGCGGCUGCUGGCCAUCAUCCUCCUGGUGGUCUGCUGGUUCCUGGUGGCCUGGACGUCGGCCGUGUGCCAGGUCGCCGACAGGAAGUCGGCGCUGAUCGACGUGGGCUACACGCCCGACGGGCUGCAGUUCAGCAUGUGCCUCGUGGACCGCUGGGACUACAUGAUGGCCGUCGCCGAGUUCCUGUUCCUGCUGUGGUCGGUGUACCUGUGCUACGCCGUGAGGACGGUGCCGUCCGCCUUCCACGAGCCUCGCUACAUGGCCUUCGCCGUCCACAACGAGCUCGUCCUGUCGCCCAUCUUCUACGUCAUCAGGUUCACGCUGGCUGCCGAGCUCCAUCCCGACUGGAUGCUUCUACUUUUCUUCACGCACACACACCUGACCGUCACGGUCACGCUGGGCCUGCUGCUGGUUCCCAAGUUUCUGUUUGCGGGCACACAGAUGCGAGACGACAUGGCCUCGGAGGCGUACGAGGACGAGCUGGACAUGGGUCGCUCGGGCUCCUACCUGAACAGCAGCAUCACGUCGGCGUGGAGCGAACACAGCCUGGACCCCGAGGACAUUCGGGAGGAGCUGAAGAAACUCUACUCCCAGCUGGAGAUUUACAAGAGGAAGAAGAUGCUGGCUAACAACCCCCAUCUGCAGAAGAAGCGCAGCUCCAAGAAGGGCCUGGGGCGCUCCCUGAUGAGGCGCAUCACCGAGAUCCCCGAGUCGGUCCACCGCCAGUGCAGCCGCGAGGACAAGGACGGCGGCAACGAGCACGGCAGCAAUCGCAGCAGUCUCUGCGUUCUCAAGAAAAACCCCUUUGACCAGAUGCCGCACAAAGCGGCCAAGGAGGAGAGCCUGAAAAACAAAGCAUUCUCCUUGAAGAAGUCACACAGCAGCUACGACCACGUCCGAGGCCUGAGCCAAGGCCCAAGCCGAGGCCCGAGCCAAGCCCCGAGCCAAAGCCCGAGUCAAGGCCUGAGCCAAGGCUCCAGCGGCUUGGCCGUCGACAAGAUGGACGUGAGCGCCGCCCAAGGCUCCCUGCUCGAGGCCCUGAUGGGCAAGAGGCCACUCAACAGGAAGUCCCGGGAAAGCCUGGACGCCCCCGCCGAGUUGGUGCCUCUGGUCUGUAAAUCGGCCAGCGCCCACAACCUGAGCGCCGACAAAAAACCCCUCCACCCUCGAGCCUCUGUGUUGCGCAAGUCCCUCAGCGUCAUCGCCACCGCCAAGGAGAGGACGUUGGGCUUGGCUGGAAAGAACCAAAGCGAUGAGGAUGGGCCAGAGAGCAAAGAAGAGAGCGAGCCCAAGAACGUGGCCGCCAAAGGCAGGAACGCCAAACAGCCCGCCGAGCCGCUCAAGGGGAAAGACCUCUACGAUGUCUCGGAGGUGUGUCCCUGGGAAGUGGAAGACCAGCCGACGCCUUCGGAGAGCAAGGUCCAAAAACACGUUUCCAUCGCACCAGAGGAAAGCACCACCGUUCACGGGGGGGGCAGCAGGGCCAGUAAAGGCCACAAGCAGACGCCCUGGGAUCAGACUCCCACUGCUGGCCGACAGUCCAAGGAAGCUCAGAGGGCCGCCACUGCCGGGCAGGAAGUCUGUCCCGGGGACGAUAGCCAAAGCGGCGCAGCUUCCAAGAAACAGCCGCAACCUCCAUCCAAAUCCGGAAACGCCCAAAACAAUCGAGCCGAAAUUUGUCCGUGGGACUUUGGAGAACAGACUUUUCCUGCAAAGGAUGAGGACACGUCGCUUAAAGCCCAAGUCUGUCCCUGGGACAAUCCGGCAUCUCCUGAAGGCUUGCCCAGCCCUGCUGGCAGUUCCAAAUCGAAGGACAAGAAGGGAAGCGGCGGCGACGACAAGAGGCAAACAAAAGCAAAGGACAAGAGCAAGUCAUGGGAGAAGCGGCAGAAAGUCGCCGAGGUUUGUCCCUGGGAUGCGGCCGCUCAUCAGGAGGUACCCGCUGUGGAGAAACGCAAGAGCGCAAAUGUCAACAAGGCCGAGGUUUGCCCCUGGGACUUUGAGGAGGCCGGUAGCCAUCCCGAUCCCGCAAACAAGGCCGGCGUUUGUCCCGGGGACGUCGACGACAAGACGGCGUGACGCUCGGCCCCAACGGAGCGCCAACCUUGGACCUCAAAAAAUUAAUUGCGUUCCACCAGUUGCCUUCCUUUCCCGUUUGUUCUACUUUGUAGACGACACCUUUUACAAACAAGACCAUCCUGAACAUGACUCUCAGACCAAUUAUGCAACGUCUCCGCCACUUUGGGCACUCGCGCGGGCGGGGACUCGGACGAGUCGUCGUAAGGAGCUCCAAGUAGCGGAAAGGGGAGGACGAGCCCACGCCGGCCGGGCAUGGCGAUCGCAAACGUUAGCCAACCGCUCACGUCUGAAGCACUUUAGCUGACUCCACCAACCCGACUCAAACAACACCUGGCCAGUGCCAAGUGGGCUUUUCCCGCAUCUCAAAUGGCGCUUUUAUGUCGGUGCCAAACCCUCGCCGCAUCGCAUUCUCUUCGACCGGGCACACGUAGCGACCGUGUGUGCCGUGGCGUGCUACAAUUUCAACCCUGCAAGCAAGCGAGCGGCGGCUCGUUCGUCUCUGCCCGCUCCCGUGUAUCAGUGCUAGCUGGCGUGCCCACUCGCCACCGGGCAACGGGUCAAAAGUGAAACAAGCGAGCCCUCCCGUCAUCGGCAUUUUUCGUAUCUGACGUUUCCAUGUAGCAGAGCGCCCACUAUGUCAGCCAAAUUUUACUUUGUUCCAUGUUAUGUAUCAAAGCGUUUGAUGCCGA